AUGGCUGAACCCGAGGACGUUGAGGAAGAUCUUUUCGCGGAUCUCUAUGAAGCCGACGACAAUACAAGCCAUACCAUACCCAGUACGGAAACUUCAAAAUCUGUUGAUCCUGUGCCCUCGGCUGCACCUAUCAAUCCCUCCCAAAUCCCUAUUCAGUCUGUUGAAACUGGCCCGAUCGAAUUUGAGACGGACACUUCAUACCACCACCCGUAUCAAGGAGUCCACCAGAACGGCACAGAUCAUGUAGGUACUGGACGUGCACAUCAUGCCAUGUCUGGUGGUGGUGAGUCCGAGCCUCGAGGCACUGGUAUUAAAGAAGACGGGUAA